CGUGCUCCAAUUCAACUUUUUUUUAAUGUGAAAAAUUUAGAUAAUUAAGCUUGGAGAAUAAUGGCAUUCUUCCAAGUGAGUGUCAGGCGUUGGAUUUUAACCUUUGCUAUCCUUUACGUUUGUGUAUUUGGGAAAAACUUUGGAAAUGCUGAUGAGGAUGAGUCCGAGGCACAGACAGGUGGUGGUGGGUACGGUGGUGUGGGAGGUGGUUUUGGUGGUGCUGGGGCCGGAGUUGUUGGUGGUGGUGGUGGAUUUGGAGCCGGUGGUGGUGGUUUUGGAGCCGGUGGUGGUGGGGUUGGUAGUGGUGACCCUGCUCAAAUUGUCUCCAAAGCCUUGCUCUGUUUCAAUGAUAAGAAUAUUUAUCGCAGCUGCGAAGAGACGUGUAGAUUGAACGAGAAUGGAAACCUGAAUGUGCCUGUAGAGAAAACUGAUACAUUCUGCCAAGGACCAUGUUUGUCAGAGACAAACUUGGUCCUCAAUUGCCUGGACAACGUUUUCAGCAACUUCAUAUUUUACAACAGGGCAACCAUACAAGACAUCAGAGAAACAAUUGAAGCUGGAUGUGGCUAUGGCCGUCAAAGAGGAAACUUCAAUGUGGCUGAGCACAUUCAGAGAGAAGAAAGCAAAGCCCCAAAGGCUACUAGCCAUGUUGUAAUGGGACUUGCUAUUGUCAUGAUGGGACGCGCUCUAUUGCCUCUGAAUUUUACAUGAUAUUACGUUGAUAAUAAUUAUUUAUGCAUGCUCAUCAGUUUCAUGUGUACUUAUUUACUGAUAUGUUCAUAUGUAGCUGCUUAUAGAAGGGAAAAUAUUUUAGGUUAUGGAGUUGUAUUAUACUAGCUUUUCCCUUGGUCGUAUAUAUAAGUUAUAGAUGUGUGGAACACAUUACAGAUAAAUAAAUUUUGUAGUAUAUGGGCAUAUAUUAAACAAAGAACUACCCCAGUUUUAGUUUAA